AUGUGUCCACUAUCCGUACUCCGUGAUCGUCAGUAUUCAACUAUUCAUGAGAAAAGUUGGAAAAUAAUGUGGAUUUCAUCAUUUUCGAUUUUCGUGGCUUUCUGAUAUAUCUUAUUCUCAAAGGCAUUACUGAUGCACACUGCAUACGUGUAGCCAACUGAAUACACAGAAGUCUGAACGAUUAUAUUUAUAUGGCCACGUUACAAGUAGACAGUUCACAGUUGUAAUACGGUUAGAAUACCAUAUGGAUUGCAUUAUAAAUAAAUCGACUAACUAAUGAGAAAUAUAAUAAGGUUACUUCAAAGUAGUGUAUUUAGAAAUCAUAUAAAACUCAUCAAUAAUCCUAUAAAAUUUGCACACAGUAUACCACAGUGGGGCACCAAUAAAUCUCAUCGAAAAAUUAAGAUACCUAAUCCAUUUCGUGAUAUAAUAAUGGCAGAUCCGAAGGUUGAAGAAAUUCUCGCUCCUCUUCGAGCUAGUGUAAAAGAACAAGGAGAUAUAGUACGUAAAUUAAAAGUUGAGAAGGCCCCUGAAAUAGACAUUAAAAAAGCUGUUGCUGAACUUAAGACAAGAAAGAAAAUUUUAGAAGACAAAGAAUUAAGCCUAGCUCCAACGGAAGAAAUGUUUGAUCGAGCCAAAAUGGAGGACCUAAUCAAAAGAAGAUUUUUCUAUGACCAAUCUUUUGCCAUUUAUGGAGGCAUUACAGGGCAAUUUGAUUUCGGACCAAUGGGUUGUGCACUCAAAACGAAUAUGAUUCAACUGUGGAGAAAGUUCUUUAUCCUUCAAGAACAAAUGUUAGAAGUGGACUGUUCUAUUUUAACCCCUGAACCUGUAUUAAAGGCUUCUGGGCAUGUGGAAAGAUUUGCAGAUCUGAUGACUAAAGAUGUGAAAUCGGGAGAGUGUUUCAGACUAGAUCAUUUGAUUAAAGCUCAUUUAGAAAAAAUUAAGAGUGAGAAGAAUACAUCAUCAGAGCUGAAGGCUGAGAUAGAAGAUAUAAUUGUAAAACUUGAUGGUAUGACUUCAGAUGAGAUGUCGGCUCUAAUGGAAAGGUUCAAUAUGAAGUCACCUGUCAGUGGCAAUGAUUUGACGCCACCCAUUGAGUUUAAUCUUAUGUUUAAUACUCAAAUUGGCCCCUCUGGGCUGGUAAAAGGCUUUUUAAGACCAGAGACUGCACAAGGAAUAUUUGUGAACUUUAAACGUCUACUGGAGUUCAAUCAGGGCCGUCUUCCAUUUGCAGCUGCACAGAUUGGCAAUUCAUUUAGAAAUGAAAUUUCUCCUAGGUCUGGUCUGUUGAGGGUAAGAGAAUUCACAAUGUGUGAAAUUGAACAUUUUUGUGACGGCAAGGACCAUCCAAAAUUUGAAUCUGUAAGGAACACUGCAAUGCUCUUAUACUCUGCUGAUAAUCAAGAACAAGGAAGGCCAGCUGAAGUUAUGACUAUUGGAGAAGCUGUAUCUAAAGGCAUUGUAAAUAAUGAAACACUGGGUUAUUUUAUGGCAAGGAUCCAUCUAUACAUGUUAGCUGUUGGUAUUGAUCCUAAGAAGUUGAGAUUUAGACAACACAUGGGAAAUGAAAUGGCACAUUACGCAUGUGAUUGCUGGGAUGCUGAAUGUCUGUCUAGCUAUGGUUGGAUUGAAUGUGUCGGCUGUGCUGAUAGAUCUGCUUAUGAUCUGACCCAGCACACUAAAGCUACUGGUAUUAGGUUAGCAGCUGAGAAGAAGUUACCAGCACCUAAGCAAAUAGAAGUAGUUGAAGCUGUUGCUAAUAAAGCAACUAUUGGUAAACAAUUCAAAAAACAUGCUAAAGCUAUUAAUGAUGCCUUGGCAGCCUUAGAUUCAACAUCACUUGAAGAAUUGCAUUCUAAAUUAGAGACAGAUAAGGAAUAUACUCUGACUACUGUUGAUGGUGAAUUUAAACUUACACCUGACCUAGUGAGUGUUAAAAAGAGUCAAAAAACUGUACAUGUUGAAGAAAUUAUACCCAGUGUCAUUGAACCCUCUUUUGGCAUUGGAAGAAUUCUAUAUUGUAUCCUCGAACACAACUUCAAGAUGAGAGAGGGAGAUGAACAGAGAACAUAUUUCUCAUUGCCUGCAACUGUUGCUCCAAUGAAAUGUGCCGUCUUACCACUAAGUGGCAAUGCCGAGUUUCAACCAUUUGUAAGGAAACUUUCUGAAGAGCUUACAAAUGAGGAUGUGUCACAUAAAGUUGAUGAUUCUUCUGGUUCAAUUGGAAGGCGCUAUGCAAGAACUGACGAGCUAGGAGUUCCUUAUGCUAUCACAGUUGACUUUGACUCUCUCAAUGAACCCAAUACUGUGACACUUCGUGAGAGAGAUGGCAUGGGGCAAGUGAGGUUGUUGUUGUCUGAAGUACCAAAAGUUGUCAAGGACCUUGCAAAUAGUAAGAUCUCAUGGGCUCAGGUAGAGGCUAAAUAUCCUAAGUUUGAUCAGCAAGAGACAGUUAAAGGAGCUGCUGCCUAACAUAAAUGCUUCAAAAACAGUGCAUAUUAAUUAUGUUUAAUUUUAAGGCAAAUAAAAUAUUAUAAUAUAUUA